AUGACAAUGAAAAUUGAAAUGAGCAACAUGAAUCUGAAAGUUGGGGAUCAGCUGAAAAUAAAGGGUGAAAUCCUCCAUGAUGCUCAAAGAUUCCAGAUUGACCUUGGCUAUGAUUCAGAAGACUUGGCUUUGCAUUUCAACCCGCGCUUCCACGAUGACACAGAUGGAGCAGUUAUUGUGUGCAACUCAAAAAUGGCUGGUUCCUGGGGCGAUGAGAAAAGGGAACUACACAACCCCUUGCACAGAGGCACACAUGUUAAGAUUGUGUUCAAGCUGACUGGUGACAUGUUUGAAGUAGAACUUCCCGAUGGACAUGAAAUCCAGUUUCCCAAUCGUGUGGACAUGGCGGUGAUCAACUUUGUCCGAAUCACAGGAGACUUCAAACUGACUUGCUUAAAGAUCUGUUAA